AUGAGGUGUACCACCUCUACUGGUCGAAUUUGUCGGAGGGUGACAUGCUCACCUAAGCGACUACCUCUGUCUUUCUGCGAGACUCUUCGAGAGGCAGAAGAAGCACGGCGCCAUUCCGACCCUUGCGAAUGCAAGGAGAAUAAGUGUGGACCUCAACCGCGCCGUAUCCCAUUGCUAGGCACAGAAGAUCCUGCAUCGGAGAAGUCCAAACGGGCCUUCGGAAUGCAAGCAGAGCAAGGCAUCUGGGAUAUUGGAAUACCUCUGUCAAGUAGAGUUCAAUUACCCCUGCGCCGAUCACGAUUUCGUGUGAGAUAUGAAAGAGGCCUCUAUCCCUUCCACCUCGACUACUCAGCGGACGUAUUCAUCGAAAGGAUCAACUGGUGCGUUGACAUUGAGCAAUAUGAUAUUGCAGAUCUGCUGAAAGACACACUUGAAGCACAGUCGGAUGAUUCGCACUGGGCACACGUGGGACAUUUGGUCUUUAUGGACUUGCUUAAGCACUUGCCUCCCGUGAAAUUAGCUGGUGCCCUGCCUUCCUUCUCCAUUGAAUUUCGAAAGAUGAUGCGAAGAAAUAAUGAAGUAACAGCGCGACGUUUAAUGAAGAUGCUAAAGGAACUGGCCCUAGUGGUGACUAGCAUCGGUCCCGAAUUAGCCUUCUAUGCACACGAUCUAUUCAACCUCUGCAACCAGUGGUUGGAGCAAUACAAGGAAGUCGGUGAUCGCAUUGUCUAUGAACAGAAGAGGAAUAUCCACCUGAACGACCUCACUGAUGAGCUACACGCCAUUUUUGAGGUAGUAUCGGGACCCGAACAUGACUACGCAGUAGCGGGCAUGAAGUUGGCCAUUCCCACCUAUCGAAUUCCUGAAAAGGUCGAAAAUCCUUCAAGAAAAUAG